CAUUGUCACAGCUGGCGUUUCUUCAAAGUCUCAUACGGUCUCAGCAUUCCUCAAGGAAUGUAAAAUCGAAUUCAAAAUAUCAGAAGAGGUCGUGCCGUCGCGAGGAGGACAGAGGCCAGAACCCCCGUCAGCCUGGCGGAAGUGCUGUGAGCCAACAAAAGCAUGCAUUCGUAGUUGAAUGGAAUCUUGGGGUUGUUCCUGGGUCCGACUGAAGGGGAUGAAACAACAAAAGAGAUAUCGGCAAUGGGGCACGUGGUCAUCAAAAGUGGCCAUCGUCGUUUACAUCCCUCCUCUCACACCCUUCUCUCCUUACAGCUAUUCUAAUACUCUCCCCGAUACCCCGGCGACGAGCAUGUCUACGCCACAUGUUAUAGCCUCCUCCUCUGCGCAUCCACCCUCCACAACUACGUCCUCUAAUGGCAUCGUCGGGAACAAUUACAGGGUGGGCAAGAAAAUCGGCGAGGGAUCCUUUGGUGUCGUUUUUGAGGGAACAAAAAUGGUUUCAAACAUUCCCGUCGCUAUCAAAUUCGAACCCCGUAAAUCCGAUGCACCCCAGCUACGAGACGAAUUCCGGUCAUAUAGGACACUGAACGGUACCCCCGGCGUCCCGCAAGUGCAUCAUUUCGGUCAAGAGGGGCUUCACAAUGUUCUCGUCAUCGACUUGCUCGGACCGAACCUCGAGGACUUAUUUGACAUGUGUGGACGCAAGUUCUCAAUCAAGACUGUCUGUAUGGCCGCUAAGCAGAUGGUCACCCGUGUACAAGCAAUUCACGAGAAGUCGCUGAUUUACCGCGACAUCAAACCAGACAACUUUCUCAUUGGAGUACCAAGUACCAAGAAUGCGAACACCGUACAUAUCAUCGACUUUGGGAUGGCAAAACACUACCGUGAUCCGAAGACCAAGGUCCACAUCCCAUAUCGGGAGCGUAAGUCCUUGUCGGGAACGGCUCGAUACAUGUCCAUCAACACGCAUCUCGGGCGCGAACAGUCUCGACGAGAUGAUCUGGAAUCCCUGGGUCACGUGUUCAUGUAUUUCCUGCGUGGUGGACUACCUUGGCAAGGCCUCCGCGCGGCAACCAACAAGCAGAAGUACGAGAAGAUCGGCGAGAAGAAGCAGACCACGCCCAUCGCUGAGUUGUGCGAAGGAUUCCCUGAGGAGUUCGGCAUCUACAUGAACUAUGUUCGCAAGCUGGGAUUCGAGGAAACACCCGAUUACGACUUCCUGAGGGAGCUAUUCACCAAAGUUCUGAAGUCGGCUGGCGAGCAGGAAGAUCUCAUCUUCGACUGGAUGUUGCUGAACAACGGCAAGGGAUGGGAAGCUAGCCGCGGGUCGCCCUCGGCUGCGCUCGUACAAGCGCACGCCAAUGCCUCACCUCAUGGCCGCGCCGACCGUGAGCACCGGCGCGAAAGGGGUCACCGAAGCUCCCGACAAGAGAACGCGUCGCCAUCGGCACCGCUUGUACUCAGCCCGGCACCGGCCCAUGUCAGCAAGAGCCGACGGGCAGCCGGCACCCGUGAAAACAUCAACGGUAAUGUCGGCAGCACACAGGCACUGGCCCCCUCCAGGCGGCAAAGCUCGCAACAGAAUGCACCGGUUGCCCCACACCCAUACGCCGCUGCACCCAUGUCCACCGGCUAUAGCAACGCGGUUCCGCCUAUCGCACCGUUACGAGCCAACAGUGCGGGUGGUCAUUACGGUCGCUCAUCACCCAACGCAGCCCGCGGACUCAACGGAAAUGCGACUGGGUCAGAGAGCUUCUUGUAUGGGCAACAGCAGGGAUCUGGGCAAAUGGCGGUCGGCGGUACGGCGCGGGGGAUGAAUGUGUAUGACCAGAUGGACAGAGCAGGCGAACAGGACGAGGGUCACGGAAGAAGGAAAGGGUUUUGGGCGGCUCUCUGCUGCAAGGCAUGAAAGCAACUGGUUGCCUGCGCACUUGGGAACAACUAGUCGAAACCACGCCUACUCAUCGGCAUUCCUAUCUAACGUCUACACUCGCCACGUCCAUGUACGCUCAUCAUGCCGCCGCCAUAUCUGCAUCGCACACUAUACCUCCAAGACCUCAUGUAUAUGACGCGCUUUCCAUGCAUCUUGCAUAUGUCCAUACAUUUUC